AACAUGUUUUGCUCCAGUGGCGAGUUAUAUCUAUCAUAGAGAAGAGAGAGACGCAGAGGAGACAGGUGUGGGCAUUACCUCUGUGAGAAAUGAGGAAUGAUUAUGAGAGGUCAAUGGAUGACUCCAAUACAGAAUUGGAAAAUUCUUCAUGUAACUUCAAUGAAGCGUUUUUUAGCACUGCAGGUGGCCAGAAGAAGAAUACACGUGGUUGGCAUGCAGGAGCUCUGGUGGUCGUGUUGGUCAUAAUAUUUGUUAUCUUGGCCAUCCUUACUGGAGUCUUAUUUGGUUAUUAUUACACCAUGAUGGAUGAGCUCAACGUGAUUAAGCAUAAUGCCUCAGAUUCCAAUCUGAAAAAUGAAGUCUCAGAACUGUGGAAAUCAGUUUCCAAUAUCAUGGGUGACCUGUCAAAGAUAAAGCAGAAAGUGGACACCACAGAAGGCUCCUGUACCACUUGCCCCGCUGGAUGGAAACUGAUUCGUUCCCAUUGUUAUUAUUUUAAGUCUACUGCUACUUCAUGGGAUAGGAGUAUAGAUGAAUGUGCAAUACGUAAUGGAAUUCUCCUGGUUCUGAAAGACCUGUUUGAAAUGGAUGCUUUACUGCCAACCAUAGCAAGAGAGCGAUACUGGAUAGGACUGCGGCGGGAUAAGAAGAACAAUGAUAAUUGGGUUUGGUCAGAUGGAAGCCCUUUGUCAUUCAGUGCCUGGAAUGAUGGAGAACCCAAUAAUGACAAAGAUAAUGAACACUGUGCAGAGAUCCUUGGAGGAGUACAAAUGUGGAAUGAUCGCACGUGUGACCACAAGCUGGGCUACAUAUGUAAGGGAGUGUGGAGCUGCUAAGGGAGAUACUGUACAGUGCAUGUAUUACCAGUUGUGCCAGAUUCAAUUAGCUGUGGUGCUUACUGCAGGCCAAUAGUUUCAGCUUAUAAUGCCUGGAGCUAUUCAAUUAUAAGCCCAUUUGGUCAUGUGGUAGGCCCACAGCUAAUGCAUCUUAACCCAUAGCUUCCUGGUUAAGUGCCAAGAGCUAUGGCUUUAUGUGCUCACGGCUGCCGCGGUAAGGGUAGAAUGCGCUACUUACAGUACUACAGAUUUCUGUUGGCCCCUAAGGAGGGCAGGAACAGAAAUCUGCGGUAAGUGUAGCCUGCGGGGCCCCAAGCCCCUAACCUGAGAGCUACAAGCCCACAGUAAGCGCUGUGGGUUAUUGAAUCUGGUCCAUUGAAUUUAAGUAUAAAAUAUAGAGAUAAGGUCAUACGCAUUUUGUUGUACUCAUAUGUACUCAAUGAAAUCUUUAGACACCUUGUUAACUGUGGAAUAAAGGAACUAGGAAUGAUCAAA